AUGCCGUUGCCGCCACCAUCACCUGGUUUUAUGACCCCACCGCCGCCACCUUCACAGACUCCUCGUCAACAAAAUUUUGCUGCUAAUGACGACGACGAGGAGGACGACGACGAUGAUGAUGAUGUAGAAAACUGGUGCUUUUGCUGGUUGCAGGGAACUGGUGGAAAGAGUAUUUACGGAUCCAUGUUCAAAGAUGAGAGCUUUGCCUUGAAGCAUGUUGGACCUGGAGUAUUAAGCAUGGCUAAUGCAGGUCCUAAUACCAAUGGGAGCCAAUUCUUCAUUUGCACAGUAAAGACUCCAUGGCUAGAUAAUCGACAUGUCGUUUUUGGGCAUGUUAUUGAUGGAAUGGAUGUUGUGCGCAAACUGGAAUCCCAAGAGACGAGCAGGUCAGAUAGCCCAAAGUUUCCAUGCAGAAUUGUUAAUUGUGGAGAGCUGCCGAUAGAAGGCUAACACAGCCUGUUCAUGUAACCACAAAAACAAGUAAUGCACAUUUUAAUAUUGCUUUUUUUUCCUGCAGCAGGAUGACUUUACCUGGUAAUAUGUGAUUUCUAUGAGAAUUUUGGAUUUAUACUCUGUAAGCUCUUGCCAUGAGCC